GGGAGGGUUUAACUGCCCGGAAACGGAAGUCUUGUUCUUUUCCUUUCUUCUGCUUUCUUGCUGUCUGCUGUACGGGUCCGCGACCCUUUCUCUGCGCGCCUCGUCACCAUGCCUCGGAAAAUUGAGGAAAUCAAGGACUUUCUGCUCACAGCUAGGCGAAAGGAUGCCAAGUCGGUCAAGAUCAAGAAAAAUAAGGAUAAUGUGAAGUUUAAAGUUCGAUGCAGCAGAUACCUUUAUACCUUGGUCAUCACAGACAAAGAGAAGGCAGAGAAACUGAAGCAGUCUCUGCCCCCUGGUUUGGCAGUGAAGGAGCUGAAAUGAACCAGACAUGCUGAUUUGAACUGUAUUAAAAUUUUUAAAAAUUCUUAA